AUGGGCACUUUAGCUGACUCCUUUUUGGCUGAUUUAGAGGAUCUAGAAAAUGAGGAUAACGAACAGGAGAAUUCAGAUUUGAACAAGGGCUUAAAUGCCACUGAGAACUUCGAAUCUGAUGAAGAGACUCCGAUAGUCGAUGCAGUUGCAGAAUACUUUAACACAUCAGGGUCCUCAGAGAACAGUUUUUCUACACUUAUAAAGGACCCAGAAAUUAACUCAAUUGUUGAGAAAGCUAAACUACUUUCCCUGAGCAAGGACGUCAAGGCCACUGAGAUCUCCUUUAUCGACGAAUGUAAUAAAACUGUAAUAAAAAUUGACAAGGAGAUUAUAAACAUUUUCAACUACGUAAGAGACAUUUACUCUAAAAGGUUCCCCAAGUUGGAAUCUAUAGUAUAUUCGCCUCUUGACUACAUUGCCGUGGUAAAAAGGGCCCAGAAUGAGUCGGAUUUCACUAAGAUUGAUCUGACCGAUUUAUUGCCUAAUAGCAUGAUAAUGGCGGUUACCGUUGCAAGCACUGUCGCAUCAGGAACCUGCCUGUCAACACAAUUUUUAAAUAAGGUUGUAUCUGCCUGCAAUGAAGGCCUUUUGCUCGCUGAGUUCAGGAACGAUUUGCUUGUUUACCUCGAAGGCAGAAUGAUUUUGAUCGCACCAAAUACCUCAGCCUUAAUUGGGUCAGCACUUACUGCUAGAAUUAUUGCCAGAGUUGGAAGCGUCGAGAAUCUCUCAAAAAUCCCUUCACAGAACCUGAUGAUGAUUGGCGCCGACAAGAAUCAAAACUAUAUUCUCAACGGUUUACAUUUAAAUAUUAUAAAUUGUUUCACUCUAAAUGAUUGUUUAGGGAUCUUAAAUAACUGUGACCUUGUUUUGAACAGUGAGCCCAGUUUAAGGAUUAAGGCUCUAAGAUUAGUUUGCUCUAAAGUAUCGUUAGCAUCUAGAAUUGAUUUGUUCAAACAGCAUAAAGAUGGGAAAAUGGGUCAUGAAUAUCGCAAAUCUAUACUACAAAGCCUAGCUAAGGCGGUUGAGUUGCCACCAGCUCCAAUGAAGAAAUCACUCCCGGUUCCUGAAGAAAAGGGAGGCCGCAAGAGAGGAGGUAGAAGACAUAGAAAGACGAAGGAGAAGUAUUCUUUGGGAGAGUUUCAAAAGUACAGAAAUAGGUUAAAAUUUGGUGUUGAUGCUGAAGAUGAUUUUGGCUUAGAAAUGGGUAAUACAAUAUAUAUAAUUAUACUGACUUUGACUAAAAAAAGAGUGGUAUCAAUGCAGUCUAGCGGCGCAACAAAUGGAAUGUCCUCAUCGCUAAUAUUCACACCGCUCCAAGGAAUUGAGUUGUGUAACCCGAACAUGAAUAGGGAAGUAAAGAGAAAGUCAGUGCUGGACAACCAGGACUUUUUGAAAGUAAAGAAAACUUAA